CUUGCGCAUGCGCGCGGCGGCGGCGCGGCAGUUUCCGUGAGGCCGAAAGGAGCCGCGGCGGGCGGGGGCCGGGCCCGGCGGUGCGGGCGGGACGGGGCCGUGCUGGGUUGGGGCGGCCGCGGCCCUGUGUGAGCCCCCUGCCCGCGUGUGCUGCCUCCCGGGGUGCCCGUGCAUCGAGCGGCGCUCGCGUUUGCAGCCAUGGAGGCGGAGCAGAUGAUGGAGGGGCAGCCGCAGGUGCCGGAAAACCCCCACGCCGAGUACGGCCUGACCGAAAACGUGGAGAGGAUAGUAGAAAAUGAAAAAAUAAACGCAGAAAAGACAUCAAAGCAGAAGGUGGAUCUCCAGUCGUUACCCACGCGUGCCUACUUGGAUCAGACGGUUGUACCGAUCUUGCUACAGGGACUUGCUGUUCUUGCAAAAGAGAGACCGCCAAAUCCUAUUGAAUUUCUAGCAGCGUAUCUUUUAAAAAACAAGUCACAAUUUGAGGACCGAAAUUAACUCCACUAAAGUGAGGACAAUGUGGCUGCUAGACUGAAAUGCUUGUUGGUCGCAAUUUAUUUUCUGCUGUAAAAAUCCUUUAGAAACAUGACGUCUUUUUUAAUCGCCCAAUUUGCUUUACCUUCUGAGUUAUUUAAUAAAGAACACUUUACAUUUCAUUUGUUCACUUGUUUUAAACUAGCUGGUAAAAGACUUUGAAAAUAAAGUACUGAAACUGCACUAUUGGAUGAACGUCUGAAUAAUUCCCGGGGCAUACAUCACCCGAAUGCAUGAAACAGAAAGCAACAAUUGGUUAUGGGAAUCAUGCUGGUGAUCUUGUCUAUAACUUAAUUUGGUUUUAUUUAGCACCCUUCCUGUGCAAGGUACCUAAACAGAAUGCAAACUAAUUAAAAAUAAAGGAGGAUGGAUUGAUUAAGUAGAGAGAAGGGAACUUGCAGAUCACUUGCAGUGUCCAUCAUUUUAGGUGCUUCUAUUAAUGAGGUUUGCUGUACAGCAUUUGUCAUGGAUCUCCCAUGUGUGGUGUGCUGGAUUUAACAGUUUAAUAUAGAAAAAAGUCUGAAGGGACUUAAGAUUCUGUAAUUUUGUUCUGUAAUUCAAUUAUCUGUACUGCUAAUCCUAGUUGGUGCGUUCUUUCUUUGUCAAAUGUAAUCCUGAUCUAACCCAGUAAAAUACUGAAUCUC